AUGGACUACACACAUGCUUGGCUACAUCGAUUAUCACAUGAUUUGUGCGAAGAUCUUUUCUCUGGUUCGAGCCAAUGCGGCGGUAUCGAUAAAGGUGUUGUAAGAAGCUACCGAAGGAACAAGGCGGUAGCACAGAUAUACGAGGACUGGGAAGAGUCCUACGCCGAGCUACCUUGUUGGAUCCUUGGUGUUCAGUCCACCAUAGAGGGGACGGUUACGUUGAAGACAUCUCCGGUUCGCGUUGGUGAUGACGUGGAUGACUCAAUCGUGUACUUUCAUCGUCUUUUCUGGACGUUUCCUCCUUGUGUUGAAGCUUUCCGACAUUGCAAGCCAUUGGUAAGCAUAGACGGUACUCAUCUGUAUGGCAAGUAUGGAGGGACUUUGCUCCUGGCCAUCACUCAAGAUGGGAACUCCAACAUCUUGCCUGUUGCUUUCAGUCUUGUGGAGGGGGAAAAUGCCGAGUCUUGGUCUUUCUUCCUGACCAACCUGCAGCAACAUGUGACUCCGCAACAGGGGAUACUGGUCAUCUCAGAUAGGCACAAUGGCAUCAAGGCUGCACUAGAGAACCCAAAUAAAGGGUGGUUACCCCCGCAUGCGUACCGAGCAUUUUGUAUUCAGCAUGUUGUAACUAACUUCACACUCAGUUUCAAGGGCACGGAUGCAAAGCGUUUGCUUGUGAAUGCUGCUUAUGCGAAGACUGAGGCAGAGUUUCACUAUUGGUUUGAUAUAAUGCGGACUGAGAAUCUGGCAAUGUAUGAUUGGGCGAACAGAAUAGAAUACGAUAAGUGGACUCAGCACCAGGAUGGUACAUGGAAUCUUCCGGUUACUGCCCUAGUAAAGUCCACAUAUGGUCGGCUAGCGGAGUUGUUCGUGAUUCGUGGUCAGACGGCAGAGGCCCAAUUGGCCAGCGGUGCCAAGUUUUGCCAGUCUUUUAUGAAGGCGAUGGAGCACAACUUGAAAGACUCCAGAUGUUUCAUUGUCACCCUGUUCGAUAGACACCAGUCUGAGUACACCGUUGCCGAGACGACGCCCAUCGGGAGCUUUUCACUUGGGACGUACCCAUCACGGCUUGACUGGUCUAUCUAUGUCGACGAGGUCUACACCAUGCAGAAGGUGUUCAGGGUGUACCAGAUGGGUUUCGUGCCACCAAUACCAGAGGGACUUUGGCCACCUUAUGACGGUCCGACCAUUAUUCCGGACCCCAGCUUGAGGCGUUGUCGUGAUUGGCGACCGAGCAAAACAUAUUGUGAUCACAGGCAUCCAUUUUCCAUAACCUCCACCCCGGAUCAUAAUUACUCAAGCGUUCAUAUUAAGAUACUUGGUGAUUGGACUGGAAAUCUGAAAGCCAAAUUCGUUAAGGUGUGCCAGCCACCCCUCAAUGGCCAGAGUGGACUUCUAAGAGCUGUAUGCAUCAAAGAAGACAGCCAACCGAGAAUAAUUCUGAAGAUGCGAGUGAAGAUUGAGAUGCUUAUCAUGAUGGUUUAUUGACAAAGAUGGAAAUUGAAAGCUGUAUGGUUGAUGAUGAUGCCUUUUAUUAGAAGCUAAGAUACAUUUAUAUGAUAUAAUAUUUUGGUUUUUCCUAGUUUAUUAGUAGUAAACUCUAAGUGCAUUAUAUGAGUAUACUUAUUCUAGUUUGAGAUGUAUGAAUACUCAAAAUUAUGAUCAUCCCAAUAUUUUUGGUUC